ACCGUUACAGGAAGUUGAUUUUAACUCAGCAACAGAUAUUAGUGAGGUAUGUUAUUAUAAGUUUUAAUGUUUAACUAAGUUUUGUUAAUUUUUACUUAUUGUUAUUUAUAGAAAGAAAGUACUCAUACAGCAGCUGUUUCCCCAAAGACUUACAGCGAUUUACAAACGGUUCGGGAAGUGGAAUUUAAUCUAAAAUUACCAGACAUAAUUUAUGAGGAAGGAAGUAAUUCGGAUGGAUAUUCAAACAAGGAAAAUGAAAUAGGUGACGUAAGAGUAAUGGAUGAUAAUCAAAAUCAAGAAGAAGACUGACAGUCGGGUUGGAAAGAAUAUCGUCAAGAUUUAAAUUUUGUCAACAGAGAUAUUAAUGAAGAUAACAAUAUAGUAGAGAUGGAGCAAUCCGAUAAAGGAGAAAAUGAUGGGGAAAAGAAUGGCGUAAAAUCUAAAGAAAAAAAAUAUCAGGGCCAUCCAAAAAAAGGGAGAAAGAGAAAGUUCCCUAGUCAGAAUAGAGAAAUCCGCAAAAAACACUGCAUUCAAAAUAAAUCAUACUUUACACAAAAAGGAGAAAUGAAACUAAAAAAAGAGUUUCGUCAGUAUUUGUGCAAAUGCGACUGUCUAUCGAAAGUUGGCAUUGAAAAUGCUAAACAAGAAUACGACAAAUUUUAUGAAGUAAGUUCGCAUGAUGCUCAACGUGCCUUAAUUUGCGCCAUGGUUCAAGAAGGUCCAAUAAAAAGAAAAAGAAAACAAAAUUCUACUAAAAAAAUGCACUCCAGGGUGUACAAUAUUAAUGGCCACGUAGUUUGCAAAACAUUUCUGUUGCAAACCCUAAGAAUUUCGAGUGCACAAGUGGAUAAUGCCUUAAAAUCAAAAAAAAAGGAUAGAAGGAGUUAAAGACUUAAGAGGAAGAGCAGGCGGAAAAAAUAAAAUAUCAGAAGAACGAUUGCAAGAAAUAUUAGAACAUAUUGAACAAUUUCCAAAAUAUAAGUCUCAUUAUGCAAGGGAAAAAACAAGUUCAAUGUACUUACGAGCAGACACUACAUUGCCCAUUAUGUACGAUUUGUACAAGCAGCAAGUUAAUAAUUCACCUGUGUCGUUUUCGAAGUACAAAAACGUUUUUUUAACUCAUUUUAAUUUCAGAAGAAACCCACUGAAAAAAGACACUUGUAACCUUUGUGACAAAUUAGAAAUUCUAAUAAACAACAGCGCCACAGAAGAACAAGUUAAAUAUAAAACUGAGAGAGAUAACCACAUCGAUUCCGCUGAAGAAGCAAGACAAGCUUUAAAUGCAGACAGAAAGCGUGCAAAAUUUGACGAACAACUUGAAGUAUUGUGUUUUGAUAUGGAAAAAACACUGCCUCUUCCCCGUAUACCUACAAAUGUAGUUUUUUACAAACGCCAACUUUGGCUUUAUAAUCUAGGUAUACAUACAGCUAAACAUAAUAAAGGCCAUUGUUAUGUGUGGUUAGAAGGCGAAGCCGGCAGAGGGGCCCAAGAAGUUGGCUCUUGUUUAUUUAGACAUGUGUUGAAAGCUAGAGAUAUGGAGGCAUGUAAACAUUUAAUUUUGUGGUCGGACAGCUGUGGAGGGCAGAACCGAAACAUUAAAAUAGUUUUGAUGUUAAAUGCCAUUUUUGAUGUGCAUCCUUUACUGGAAAGAAUCACUUUACGUUUCCUUACAUCUGGCCAUAGUUUUUUGCCAAAUGAUACAGAUUUUGGUGACAUUGAAUGCGCCUUAAAAUUCCAACAAAGAAUGUAUUCACCGGUAGACUACAUGAAUGUAAUGAGUUCGUGCCGAAAAAAAAAUCCUCUAAUCGUUCACAAAAUGAAGAUGGAACACUUUUUCGGUACUUGUAAUUUGGAAAAAAGAGUCGUCAAUAGAAAAGUGGAUAUCUUUAAUAAUAAAAUUAAUUGGCUUAAAUUCAAAGAGAUUGAACUCAGAAAAGAAUGCCGCGAAAAACUUUUUGUUAAAUAUUCUUUCCACGAAGAAGCUCAUGAGAUAAGUCUACAAAAGAAACGAGGAAGACCAUCAUCAGAACUUUAUCAAAAUUUUAAAGAAUCACUUGUGCUGCUAUGGCCAGAUGGGAAGCCAAUACCAGAUAAAAAACUUGAGGAUCUAAAAUUUUUGCUUAGCCUUAUUCCAAAAGAUGCCAAAGAGUUUUACAAAAAAUUGACUGGUGAUCCAAAUAUGGAAGAUGAUAUAGAUGGGUUAAAUGGACCUCUUGAUUUUGAUCUUGAAGAUGAUGAACUUUAGUAAGGUCUUAUACCAAUUUUGUUUUUAUAUCAGACUACAGUUUUA